GAGCUGAGCCUCCCGGUUGCUAAGGGUGCGUCACUUCCGGGACCCAGGGUCAUGGAAACCACUUCCGGGAGAGUGGAGCGGCGGCAAGGCAGUUGGGUCUGGAGAGUGGUGAGUCUGGAGAAAUCAGGCAGCGGCAGCUUGGGUCAUGGCCUCCGACCUGGACUUCUCACCUCCCGAGGUGCCUGAGCCCACGUUCUUGGAGAACCUGCUGCGGUACGGACUCUUCCUGGGGGCCAUCUUCCAGCUCAUCUGCGUGCUGGCCAUCAUCGUACCCAUUCCCAAGUCCUACGAGGCGGAGGCCGAGCCAUCUGAGCCCAGAAGUGCUGAGGGGACAAGGAAAUCCAAGGCUACUGGUCCUUCCACAAGCAAGAGGCCCAAGAAGGAGACCAAGAAGAAGCGGUAGAAGAGGAGGCCUGUGGAGCUGGGCAGGCGAUGGCCUGGGGGAGUAGCCCUCCUGGGAAUCAACAUCCUGUUCCCACUCUCCACCCCAGACUCAGGAUCUGAGGGGGCUGGGAACACCCUGUGACCACAGAGAGCUGGAUGAACCCCAGGCCCCAGACCACCACUUCCCCUUCCUUCUGCUUCUGUGACAGUUUGGAGUCAAAACAAACCAAAAAAAAAAAAAACCAAAGCCCUUUGCCCUUGAGUCGAUUUUGACUCAUAGCGACCCCAUAGGACAUAGUAGAACUGCCCCAUAGGAUUUCUAAAGAGCGGCUGGUGGAUUCGAACUGCUGACCUUUUGGUUAGCAGCUGAGUCGUUAACCACUAUGCCACCAGGGUUCAAGAAGACUAUAAAACUCCUUCUGAACAAAGACAGGAGGUUGUUUCAGAAGUCAGGUCGGCUCACAGAGUCAGAUUUUCUUGCUAAUCGCUGUGUCCACCCUUUGGCCACCACCCUGUGGAUUUACACUCCCUUUCAGGAGGCCCUGUCUACCCCUGACCAGCACCGCAGCUCUCCCGUGAGUCACCAGCUUUUCUCUGCCGUGCAGACCUAGCCAGGCCUCACCUGUUCACUUAGGCUGAGAGACGUGCUGCUGCAGUGCCAGUGAUCCUGCGCACUGGAGCAGCAGGUCUGAAAGGUGCCUGUCAUGAGUGCCAGCAGAAGACCUGGGCCAGGGUGACUCCUGGCUCUCCUCCACCAGGUGGAAAAGAUUUGCUGAAUGAAUGCAUGCUUCUUGGGCACAUGCUUUCUGCGCCUUCAAAAUGGGGAAUUUGCCAAUCUCAGACCAACCUCUUUUCAACCCAUUAUAGCAUAUUCAAGGUGUGCCUUUUGGCUUCCACCUGUACAAUAAUCUCCCUCCCACUCAGUUCUUGUAUCCCCGACCAGUGAGAAAAAGUUAUCUGAGGAGGUAGAUGUCAAUAAACUGCACUGCAUGCUGA